GCGCGUGCUGGGGGUGUGAAGGGGACGUGGGCUAGAUAUUGUGCUGUGCGAGUGGUUGAAUAUGGGGCAAGUCGGAAGAUAAGAGAGAAGAUACAGUAUAAGGUGGGCACAGCCGCGAGCAGGCCACGAUGAGCCAGGCUCCAAUUGGAGACAGCCAGGAUGGUCUGCCAAACACACAGGACGUCACGGAUGUCGACGCUCUGUGCUCGGAGAGCCAGGAGGAACCACCGUGGAGCGGACAGUGUGCCAAGUGGGGCCGACUUUUCCCGGUGGGGAUUCGAGCUAAAUUUGAUGGCCUAGACCUGUGCAAGAAUGAUUACACCCUGGGGCGGGGGGAGACCUGUGACGUCGUCGUUGGGCUUCACAACCUGACAGAAAAGUACCUGCUUACCAUCAGCAAAACACAUCUGAGAGUGGUGCGGGACCAGACGGCGAGCGGGUUUCACGUGUACGUGGAGGACCUGAGCUCGAACGGCACCUUCGUCAACGGCGAGCUCGUCGGCCGCGGUAAGAAGGUGGCGCUCAAGAACAACGACGAAAUCUCUCUAUCGAUGAAAACGCUCAAAGUGUUCGUGUUCCACGACUACACGGACAACGACGCGGCCAACUACCCGGAGCAGCUGCGCCGCCAGUACACCAUGAGCCGAGUGCUGGGCGCAGGGGCCUGCGGCGAGGUCCGGCUCGCGUUCCGCAAGGGCACCGUAGAGAGGUUCGCCGUGAAGAUCAUCUCCAAGAAACGCUUCACGCUGAGGGGACAGAACCAGAUCAGCCAAACGCAGAUGGUGGCCAACGAGGUCAACGUGCUCCGGACACUGGACCACCCGUGUGUGAUCCGGAUCCACGACGUGAUCGACUCCCCAACUGCCGUGUACAUUGUGCUGGAGCUGGUUGAGGGCGGCGAGCUUUUCGACCGGGUGCUGGCGCUGAAGCAGCUGGACGAGUCCACCGCCAAGCUCUACUUCUACCAGAUGCUGCAGGCUGUGCGUUACCUGCACCAGAAGGGCAUCGCGCACCGGGAUCUGAAGCCAGAGAACGUCUUGCUGGCAUCCGAAGAGCGUGAGACGCUGGUGAAGAUUACCGACUUUGGCCUGGCCAAGAUCGUCGAAGACGACGGGCUGCUCAAGACCCUGUGCGGCACGCCCACCUACGUGGCGCCUGAGGUUCUGAAGAGGCGGGGCGACGCCAACUACACACACAGCGUCGACUGCUGGAGCCUCGGCGUCAUCCUGUUCGUGUGCCUGGCGGGUUACCCGCCGUUCUCGCCGGACUACGCCGACAUGCCUCUGCAAGAGCAGAUCCUGCGCGGCCGCGUGUCGUUCGCGCGCCGCCAGUGGCGCGGCGUCAGCGAGCCGGCCAAGGAGCUGGUGCGCCGUCUGCUCACCGUCGACCCGGCGCGCCGCAUCACCGUCCAGGAGGCGCUGCAGCACCCCUGGCUCCAGGACAAAAAGACGGUGGCGCUGGCGGACCGGCUGAUGAGUCGGGGCAAGCGGCGAGCCGACGACAGGGCCGGCCCUCCCGCCCGCCGGCGGCGCACGCAGGGCGCCACCAACGGACACUCGCCGGCUGUCAACGGACACCCGCCGGCCGUCAAUGGACACCCGCCAGCCGUCAACGGACACCCGCCGGCCGUCAACGGACACCCGCCGGCCGUCAACGGACACCCGCCGCCAGCCAAGAGAGAGCCGCCGGCAGAGCCGCCAGAGUGAGCGGCCGGCCCGGCGCCGUCGGCGGUGGGUCUGACCGCCGGGUCCCGUCGGGGAGGAGUUGCGCCGGCACGGGCGACGCCCGCCCUGGUGAGCCGUCCGGCCGGCGCGUCGUUGGCGGCCGGGACGGUCAGCCCACCGAGGUGUGGGGCGAGCCGUCCGCCGGCGCGGUGAGCCUCAUCGAGCACCUGUCGCCAGUGCUGCGUCCCGUGCUGUCGUGCGGCGGUCGGAGCCGACCUGCAUGGCCGGCGACCAGACCUCCGCGGCGGCAGUACGGACCGAACGCGCGCGCCGAGGGCACGCGCUGCGGGAGCGGGCACGGUCCGGCGCUCCGGCGCCUCGCUAGUGCCAACGCAGCUUGGGAGAUUGAGCUGGGGCUGUGAGACGGACAUGGCCUCUCGCGCGAGGCGGAGUGAGAGCGGCGACGGGCGCCGCCGCCGACGCUGAGCCGGGAGACGUAGUGUAGCUCGCAGAUAUGUACUUCUGCGUGUACUGCAACUGUACUCGAGACGUAGACGUAGUGUUUUGGAGACGGGUCGGUACGUUUGUCAGCCUUGUACGCAGUUUUGACUCGCGAUGUGCCUCGUCAUAGGUCCGGAGGAUGCCGAUUGCUGAAACAAGUUUUUGAUGUCUUUAUUUUUACUUCUUGCCCACAAUCAGGAGUGCAUUGAUUUGACGUCGGACGCGAGCGGGGCCUGGACUCCGUUCGUGAGUACGGUAAACAAUAAACACCUUUUUCGUAUC